UAUAGGAUAUUUCCAAUUAGUUUACUCUAAUGGCAUCAGCAUCAUCGAUAGAACUUUCAAUAAUUCCCUCUGAUGAAGAGAAUAAAGAUAAGCCAAGCUCGUACGACGAGAUAAGUAGUGAUAAAAGUGAUAGAGGUGAAGGACAAGGCCAUGAAUCAACUUCCUCAGUUGACUCGAGCAGUUCAAGUGGAUAUUCUUUAGGAGAAAGUCUUUCUGAUAGCGAAGAAGAAAGAAGAGUUUUAGAUGAUCCUAUGGAGAAGAUUCCUCCUGAUUUUGAGUGGUGUAAAAGACAUUAUGAAGCAAACACAGUCAAAAAUAUUGAGACUAUUGAUAAAAGAAUGAAUAGAGAAGACUCUAGGUACUUCUGCCAGUGUUGAGGACUACCUCUGAAGAAUUCAGCGAAGGAUUUCUCUCUCUUUUCUACAUUCAAAUCGCUAUGUCAACUCGGAACAUGUUUCGCUUUUUAUUUCAGGCUCAAAUUGUUUACGGUCAUAUCUCUAUUCACCUGGAGUAUCUCUUGAUCAUGACUGGUGAUCUACAGUGUACAUGGGGAAGACAGUGCUCAAGAAUUCAGCCCUAAUGAAGAACUAGCUUACAUCUCAGACUGGAGUUUGGGAAAUUUUGGAAAAUGCGGAGAAAAUUGCACAGGAAGCUAUAUGGACAAAAUUGUUAUUUUUAAUUUUAUUUCUCUCUUUCUAAUAAUCUUGGAAGGAAUUGUUUAUAGACAUUUUCAAACUAAAAAGGUUGAUGAAUUAGAGCAGAAGUAUAUUACCCCAUCUAGCUUCUGAGUCAUGGUAAGCAACAUUCAUAAAGAAAUGGCUGAUGAAGACAUCAAGAAGUGGUUCCGUGGUUUGACUAAAAAUGGAGAAAUUAUUUAUAUAUCUAGAUGUUAUAAGAUUCGUGACCAAAGUGUAAGAGAGAAGAUAAUUAUGGACCUUAAGAGAAAGAAGAGAGCUCUGAGACUUGAAGAAAAGGAAGCUGAAGAGAGAAGGAAAGAAACAGGCGAGGUCGUUCAUAGAGAAAUCCCGUUUGAUCUAGAAAUUAUUAAAAUCAAGGAGAAAAUAUUUGAGACGAGGUAUGAGAUGGAAAAAGAGUUGGAUGAUUCAGAAUUCUGCAAGAAAGCUUUUGUGGUAUUUGCUAACUCUGUAACCGUCUCCGAGGUUAGUGUACCUUUCAAAUUAAACUAUUUCCAAAGGUUUUGGGAAUUUAUUAAGCUUAAGAUCUUUAUGUGCAAGCGUCAAGGCAAAAGAUUUUGGGAUAACCAUAAACUUCAUGUCGAAAAAGCUGUUGGCCCAAGAGAUAUUCUUUGGGAAAAUCUUGCUGUGGGUCUAAAGCAUAAAAGUUUAAGACAGCUCAUUACGUACUCAUGUACUUUUGUUUGACUUAUUGUUUCAUUUGGAAUCACUCUUGGAAUUAGUUCCAUCAUUGAUGUUCUUGCAUCUCAAGAAAAUACUUCAACUGCUGAAGAUUUUUUUAUAGGCAUUCUUUCUUUCCUUUCAUCAAUUGUUGUGACUCUCAUUAAUAUUGCCUUGGAGAAAAUCAUUAGACAUCUGUCUUCAUUUGAGAGGCACGACUCUUACACAAAGUUCAACCUGUCUGUUUCAAUAAAACUGACCAUUGCAACUUUCAUUAACACAGGGAUUCUGCCGAUUUUUCAGAAUAUUGAAACACAUAACUGGUUCCACACCAAUGGACUGAUGAAUGCUAUAUUCUACAACAUGAUUUCUAUUGCUUUAGUCGGUCCAUUUCUGUACGCUUUUGAUUUUUGGUACAUAGUUAAGCGAAUCAAGAUGAAAUACCAAGAGAAGAAAGGUGAAAACUGUACUCUGACACAAAGAGAAGCUCAUGCUCUGUUUGAGCCACCUCCAGUAGACAUGGCUCAGUUACAUUCAGACACUAUGCUGAUGAUGUUUAUGGUUGCCAUGUAUGUAUUUAUCCUCCCUGUAGUUGCAAUCAUUGCAUGUUUUGGAUCUAUUGUUCAGUUUUGUGUACAAAGAUAUUUAAUACUCAGAAGACAUAAACAGCCACCUCAGCUUGGCCCAGAGCUUGCAACUAUGUUUGUGAAGUUAAGCCCAUUCAUGAUUUUGAUAUAUGGAGUCUCUUUGUUCAUUUUUCAUUCUGUGCUACUUUCUCAACAGAGAACAGCUGCAAGUCUAUUCUUAAUCGCCUGCGUGCUCUAUUUCUUCAUCCCUGUGCAGGGCAUCGUUCGCAGACGCUGCAAGUACUCUCACUUGAACGCCAGGGCGGAAUACAACGAGUGCAAGAUGACCUUUGUCACAGACUAUUAUAAAGAGAACCCCCAUAGUAGAAGGAAGGAGUUGAAGAAGAUUGAGAUGGUCCAGAGAGCUAAGUUAAGGCAGUUAGAGGAAGAUAGGGAUCAACAUGAGGUACAGAGGGAUACAGAGGCUGAGCAGUUGAGGGAGAAGAAGAUUAAGCAACUUGAGAGGGAGAUUAAUGGGCUUAGAAGACAACAAAUGAACAGUUUUGUCCCUCAAGCCCAAUCAAACCAAGGCUUUACUCCUUACUAUCACGCUCCUAGACAAGAAUAUAACCAACCACUACGAAACCAAUUCACGAGAAUCCCCACUCAGAACCCACUCCCUCACUCCCAAGGCACCUACCCACUCAAUCCUUCCCGCCAAAGCACUCAGCCACCGACUCUUCACCCACAAACCUCCAACGUGUCCAAUCCUCAAUCGCAGAGAUCCUAUGUACGACCAGCUUCCACUCAAGGCCAGUUGCAGCCCCAACAGGCCUAUCCUCCCUUUGAUCAUCAGAGCCAGGAAUCUUGCCCCAUACCUCCUUCUGAAGGGCCUCAACCAAAUUACAAGGCUGAAGCUAGGAAUGGAGGAAGCCAAAAGAGAGAAGGGGAAGAAGAGAAAGAGCAAUAAGUUAUUUGAAAAUAAGUGAA